AUUCGGUCAAUAUUUGCACCUCAAUGUGUAGUAAUAAACUAAUAAUAAUGUUCUCACUGCAACCACACGCCUUUACUAGGAGCCAUUCAUGACUCAUACCCAUUUUAUGUGUCUAUAAAUAAAAGCUUAUAAUAUAAUCAAUAUGCACAUUCUCACUCUCUCAUAACAACAAUGAACUCUCUUCAUGUUAUAGCAAUAGCUUUGUGCUAUGUUGUGGUUGUGUUUGGAGUGUUACCUUUUUCCUCAAAUGCACAACUUAGUCCCUCCUUUUACAGCAAAACUUGUCCUAAUGUUAGUUCCAUUGUUCGUGAAGUCGUAAGAAAUGUUUCUAAGACAGAUCCAAGAAUGCUUGCUAGUCUUAUUAGACUUCACUUCCAUGAUUGCUUUGUUCAAGGUUGUGAUGCCUCAGUUUUGCUGAACAAAACUGAUACCAUUGUGACAGAACAAGAUGCUUUCCCAAAUAUCAACUCUUUAAGAGGUUUGGAUGUUGUGAACCAAAUCAAAACAGCAGUGGAAAAAGCUUGUCCUAACACAGUUUCUUGUGCUGAUAUUCUUGCACUUGCUGCUGAAUUAUCAUCUACUCUGGCUCAAGGUCCUGAUUGGAAAGUUCCUUUAGGACGAAGGGAUAGUUUAACCGCCAACCAAUCACUUGCUAAUCAAAACCUUCCGGCUCCUUUCAACUCAUUGGAUCAACUUAAAGCUGCAUUUGCCGUUCAAGGCCUCAACACUACUGAUCUAGUUGCUCUCUCGGGCGCCCAUACAAUUGGAAGAUCUCAUUGUUCUUUAUUUGUUAGCCGAUUAUACAACUUCAGUAAUACUGGAAAUCCUGAUCCAACUCUUAACACAACUUACUUACAACAAUUGCGCAAUAUAUGUCCCAACGGUGGACCUGGCACUCCCCUCGCUAAUUUUGAUCCUACAACUCCUGAUAAAUUUGACAAAAACUAUUACUCCAAUCUUCAACUUAAAAAGGGAUUGCUUCAAAGUGAUCAAGAGUUGUUCUCAACAUCGGGUGCUGAUACCAUUAGCAUUGUCAACAAAUUUAGUGCUGACCAAAAAGCUUUCUAUGAGAGCUUUGCGGCUGCAAUGAUUAAAAUGGGAAAUAUUGGUGUGUUAACUGGGAACAAAGGAGAGAUUAGAAAACAAUGUAAUUUUAUUAACUCAAAAUCUGUUGAAUUAGGUCUAGCUAAUGUGGCUGAAACAGAUUCAUCAGAAGAGGGUAUGGUUAGCUCAAUAUAAAUGUAGUGAUUAGAGGCAACUAAUAAAUAAGCCAUAACUAAACACAUUCAUAUGGUAUGUGUUAGAUAGUUAUUAGGUGCUUUGUGAACAAAAAUCUAUUUGUAUUUGGAGUCUUUCUCUUUGAGUUGUAUUUCAUAACUAAUUUAACCUUUUUCUUUCUUA